UUGUCGAGGGACGGGCAGAGCAUAGGGUGUGUGCAGAGCCAGAGGCAGCAGCCAGCAGAAUAGGUAGCAAAGAGAGCCAACCCACGACAGUACCACAUUCAACAUGAGUGCUGUGCGGACGGCGACGGCGUUGUACGACUUUGAGGGUGGUGAGCCCGACGAGCUGCCGUUUUCAGCGGGGGCCAUCAUCACACUGCGGGACACCAGCAAUGCCGAGUGGUGGGAAGGCGAGCUCGAUGGAUGGGUCGGGCUCUUUCCGGUUCAGUUUGUGCGCGAGAACCCGGCCGGCGGGAGUCGCGGCGGAAGGGGCGGCGUUGGACGAGCGGGCGGGCGUAACUUCACCCCGGCGGCGCCUGUGGGCGGGAGCGGCGGCAGCAGUGGCGGCGGCGCUAUCGCCGACUGCGGAUGGUGCGGAGCCAAGCCCAAGUCUGCCAAGGCCAAGUUCUGCCACUCGUGCGGCAAAAAGUACACCGACAAGCCGCCGGCCUCGACUGCAACCGGCGGCGGCGGCGGCGGCGGCGGGCGCAACCCGCGGUUCAACCGCAUGUCUAAGGUCUUUACCACCGGGCCUGUGCUUGAACUUGACGAGCCUGUGUUCAAGGUUGCCGGCUCGUGGCGGCCAAACAUGGCGGCACGGGCGGCGACUGGCGCGCCUGUGCCGUCCAAGAAUGCAGCGCCGUCGCAGCCGCGCGGGGCGCCCCCAAGGGCAACGACCGUGGCUGCCCCGCCUACACCUGCGGCAGCGUCGCCUUCACAGUCAUGGAAUCGAUCCAGCGGUGCCAGCGGACGGUCUUCGUCGUUGCAUUCUGGUGGGCCGCCCGGCCGUGGGCCGCCGGGGCGGGGGCCGCCUGGCCGGGGCGGCUUCAACCCGCGGGAUCGCCCGAUGCCGAGUCCCGCAAGCAUGGCCCCGCCGCCGCCACCACUUGCAAAGGCCCCGCCGCCGCCACCACUUGCAAAGGCCCCGCCGCCGCCGCCGGUGGCAAAGGGCGCCGCCGCCGCCGCCGGUGGCAAAGGCCCCGCCGCCGCCGCCGGUGGCAAAGGGCCCGCCUCGGAUGCCGCCGCGCAAUGGUCCGCCGCACCGGCAUGGCAGCAGGCUGUGACGCCAUCGAAGCGCGACACCAUCAACGUCGAUGCGCUCAUCUCGAAUUUGGCGUCGGCCGGCAUCGACCUCUCCAACCUGUCCGACUCGGACGAUGACGUGCCGCCACCAGUGGCGCCGCGCUCGACGUCGUCGGUCAGCGGAGGAGUCGGGACAGUCGGAGGCGUCACCAUUGCCGGCAACGAACUGAACUCGGGGCUCACCGUGCCAGAGCGGAUGAAGAAAAAGGCGGAGCGGGCGGGCAUCGAGCUCUUCCUCUUUGGCCCCGACUACGGGUUCUUCCCGGAGAACAAGGACCCGACGGUGACCGACACCUCGGUCUACGGUCUGGCGCUGCUCAAGCCGGCCAAGAAGACCAAGUGGAAGGAGCUCUGGUUCGCCAUCUACGACAACUUCCUCAUCUGCUGCAAAAAGCGCAAGGACUGGUCACCGAAGCACGCCUGGCCGCUCGCCUCGAUUGUCUUUACCCGCAUCUCGCACCUCGACUUGGCUUUUGCCCUCGAGAUCAAUGCAGGCGGUUCGACAUACCACUUUGCCUGCAACUCGCAGCAGACCCUAGACACUUGGGUUGAGUGGAUGGUCCCGUAUUGA